CAAGGAUUAAGCUCGACGCAUCUGAGACGCCAUAGACAAAUAUUCCUGCUUCAAAAGCAUUAAAAAGCACUUCUUUAGGGGCGUUUCACGGGCUAUAUGUCGUCUUUAUAAAUUAAGGGAAUGUUUGGUUUUCGCAAGAGUAGACUUUGCACGGUACAAAUGCGACAGAACAAUUGCAUUUAACAUCGGAGCUGCAAAGUGCUUUUGCUUGGACACGCGAGAUGGCCAGAGUACGAUGCAUUCAGCACCUGUCAGGAUGGUUUGUUCUCUUCAGCUUAAUGACACGCCAGAGUCACUCCAUUGAGACAGUGAAUGUUGUGGACUUCUGUGGACAGACAAUACAGGGGGACGGCAUGAUCGUUAAGUCCCACCAGGAGUCCCGGAAGUACUACUUUGUCUCCAUGGGAACGGAUUGCCACCUCACCAUGCAGUCCGCCACCCCCCGGGACAAGGUGCAGUUCUACUUCCGCUUCUUUCUGGUCUACAGCCUGCUAAGAGUGUCCCCGCACAGCCCCGCACCCCUCUUCCAAGAAUCACCCAGAGGGUCCUCAUCAUCCGGCCCAACGCGUCCUAACCUGAGCUUGGAGCCAACCACUGAGGAGGGGCCUGGAGACCCCUGCCACGCUGGCUCGUACGUCCAGUUCUAUGAUGGGAGGGAUAAGUCCGCACCCCCUAUUGGCCAGCCACUCUGUGGGAAGAGUCCUCCUCGACCAGUGUUGUCAACGGGCAACUUUCUAACUCUGCGUCUUGUGACACGAGGAACUCAGCCAAGGGUGGACUUUGUUGGAGACUUCACUUCAUUUAGGCUAGGUUUUAACCAAUCAGAGUGCCAAGGAGAGCCUUACUUCAACUGUCGCAAUGGGAAGUGUAUUCCCAUGAGUCUGGUUUGUGCGGAUGAUAAAGGCAUCGACAACUGUGGCGAUGGCAGUGACUUAAUCGAUUACCCUGGUUGCAAUGGUCCUCUAUCUACCCCCAAGCCCCCACAGCAUCAUGUUACCCAACCAGCACAGAUGCUGAACGUUCCCACUCGGACAGUGUCCACUUUAAAGAACUGCGCCACUUCAAAUGCCAUUCCUGAUCCAAAUUCUGUGACCGAUUCCCAGUCUUCCAUUUCUCUGCUGGCGCUGUAUGUGGUUCUGGGUGUGACUGUAGUAGGGGUUCUCAUGUGCUGGUGCUGUUGGGCCCCUGGCUGGUUCCUGUGGCGCGUGAGUGUGUUUCGCUUCUUGCCCUGCUGCAACUCCUGCUGCGCGUCCUGCCAGCUGUGCGGACGGAGCUGCUCGCAAAACAAGGAGCACCGACUGGCAAAGGUUACACCGGAAGGAGCCGCAACACCUGUGUCGUCUAUCACCACGGUGGCUGUGUAAAUACCCUCCUCUGAUCUCUCCCAGAUCCUUAAAAGACUCAGAAUGCAGAUGCUGAGGACAGUAUGCUAGGAAGUGGUAUAGUAGCUGAAGUGUUCCUUUUUCAUUUUUUACAAUGAAAAAGGAGCAAGAAUUGCUGGGCAGUGGAGUGUUUUUCACUGAUAUUUUUUUGUUUUCAAAAAUUAUAGAAUAUAAUUCAACAAAAUCUGCUAUUUUUAUUUUUUAAACUGAAUUUGUUAUAUGCAUUUCAUAGAUACUGGAUCUGGGGAAACAA